AUGGUGAAGAAAGUGGCCAUCAUUGGAGCUGGCAUCAGUGGCUUGGCCUCCAUCAGGAGCUGCCUGGAAGAGGGGCUAGAGCCCACCUGCUUUGAGAAGGGCGAAGACGUCGGGGGCCUGUGGAAAUUCUCGGACCAUGCCGAGGAAGGCAGGGCCAGCAUUUAUCGGUCAGUCUUUACCAACUCUUCCAAAGAGAUGACAUGUUUUCCAGACUUCCCUUUUCCUGAUGACUUUCCCAACUUUAUGCAUAACAGUAAGCUCCAGGAAUACAUCACUGCGUUUGCCAAAGAAAAGAACCUCCUGAGAUACAUUCAACUUAAGACACUUGUAUCCAGUGUAAAUAAACGUCCUGAUUUCUCAGUCACUGGCCAAUGGGACGUUACCACUGAAAAGGAUGGUAAAAAAGAAUCAGCUGUCUUUGAUGCUGUAAUGAUUUGUUCUGGACAUCAUGUGUACCCCAACCUACCAAAAGAGUCCUUUCAAGGUCUACAACUUUUUAAAGGCAAAUGCUUCCACAGCUGGGACUAUAAAGAACCAGGAAUAUUCAAGGGGAAGCGAGUCCUGGUGAUUGGCCUGGGGAAUUCAGGCUGUGAUAUUGCCUCAGAACUCAGCCACACAGCUGAACAGGUCAUCGUCAGCUCCAGAAGUGGCUCCUGGGUGAUGAGCCGGGUCUGGCAUGGUGGCUAUCCAUGGGACAUGAUGUUUAUCACUCGAUUUGAAACCUUCCUCAACAACAACUUACCAACAGUCAUCUCUGACUGGUGGUAUGUGAAGCAAAUGAAUGCAAGAUUCAAGCAUGAGAACUAUGGCUUGAUGCCUUUAAAUGGCACUCUGAGGAAAGAGCCCGUGUUCAAUGAUGAGCUCCCGGCUCGCAUUCUAUGUGGCACUGUGACCAUUAAGCCAAAUGUGGAGGAGUUUACAGAGACUUCGGCCAUUUUUGAGGAUGGGACAGUGUUUGAGGCCAUUGACUGUGUCAUCUUUGCAACAGGCUAUAGUUACGCCUACCCCUUCCUUGAUGACUCCAUCAUUAAGAGCAGAGACAACGAGGUCACCUUAUUUAAAGGCAUCUUCCCACCUUCACUGGAGAAGCCAACCAUGGCAGUGAUUGGCCUUGUCCAGUCCCUUGGAGCUGUCAUCCCCACAACUGACCUGCAGUCUCGCUGGGCAGUACGAGUAAUAAAGGGAACUUGCACUUUGCCUUCUGUCAAGGACAUGAUGAAUGAUAUUGAUGAAAAAAUGGGGAAAAAGCUCAAAUGGUUUGGCAAAAGCAAUACCAUACAGACGGAUUAUAUCGUUUAUAUGGAUGAACUUGCCUCCUUCAUUGGGGCAAAGCCCAACAUCCCAUGGCUGUUUCUCACAGAUCCAAAGUUGGCCUUGGAGGUUUACUUUGGCCCUUGCAGCUCGUAUCAGUUUAGGCUGGUGGGCCCGGGGAAGUGGCCAGGAGCCAGAAAUGCCAUCCUGACCCAGUGGGACCGGACGUUGAAACCCACGACGACAAGAAUUGUUGGGAGUCCUCUGAAGCCUUGCUUAUUUUGCAGUUGGUUCAGGCCCGUUCUUAUUUCUGUUCUGUCAAUUGCUGCUUUCCUUGUGUUGUUCUAA